AUGUCCAAUCCAGCAACGCCUGUUACGACCGUCGAUACCUCCGGAAGUAGCCCCCAGCGACCGGAUUCCACACAGCCCUCUUCAUCUACGACAGGCCAGGAAAUGAAGGAAGCAGCGGGUGAGCUUGAACAGAGCGGCUCGAUGGCGGUGGAUAGGAAUGGGAAUGCGGAAUCUGUGGAGGACGUCGAGGAGAUGGAUGCGCGGUCGAAGGCGUUGAUGCAUCUUCUGAACACGAGCGAGGUCUUCGUGGCUAUCAUGGCAGACAAGAUGAAGAAACAGCAGGAAGAGGCCAGGCUUGCAGCGGCGAGGGCACAGCAGACGGUACCGGAGGAGAAAAAGAAGCCAGCCUCCACGGAGCCGGUCCGGCAACGGGAGACGCGCGCAAGAACGAAGCAGACCUCCGCCAACGAGACGGUUCCCCCGAAAAGUGAGCAAGUAGACGAGAAGACAACGACGACGUCGAGAGGAGGCAGGACGAGAAAGGCUACAUCGGCCACAAACAGCAAUUCCAUCUCGAGCUAUUUCAAGAAGGUGGAUGUGGAUACCUCCGAAGAUAAACCCACGGUGCAGGAGGCCCUGGAGCAUGCCGCGGACGAAUAUGAGGCCAAUCCGAGCGCGCUUGGUGGGCAGGACCUUGUUGCAACACAGCAGCCGAGUCUUGUAACGGGGGGACGCAUGAGAAAGUAUCAAUUGGAAGGGCUGGAAUGGCUUAAGACCCUGUGGAUGAACGGCCUGUGUGGCAUCCUAGCUGAUGAGAUGGGCUUGGGGAAAACAGUCCAGGCUAUUUCUCUGAUCGCCUUUUUCAAAGAGCAGAACAUAUCCGGACCCUUUCUGAUUGCAACACCGCUGAGCACAGUGAGUAACUGGGUUGAUGAGUUCGCAAGAUGGACUCCGAGCAUCAAGACGGUCUUGUAUCAUGGCUCCAAAGACGAGCGGGCCUCGAUCCGAAGGAAGUACAUGAAACUCAAGGACCAGAAGGAGAUGGACUUUCCGGUUGUUUGCACCUCCUACGAGAUCUGUAUGAAUGACCGAAAGUUUCUUGCGCAAUAUCAAUGGCGAUAUAUCGUUGUGGAUGAGGGUCAUCGGCUCAAGAAUAUGAAUUGCAAGCUCAUCAAGGAGCUUCUCUCGUAUAAUUCGGCCAACCGACUUCUAAUCACCGGUACACCGCUACAGAAUAAUAUCACUGAACUAUGGUCGUUAUUGCACUUUCUGCUUCCAGAGAUCUUCAACGACCUCAAUAGCUUUCAGAGCUGGUUUGAUUUCUCCUCGAUGCUAGAUAGUGGUGGGAAAACGGAUGUCAUUGAACGUCGGAAGCGCACACUUGUCUCCACCAUGCAUUCGAUUCUGAAGCCUUUCCUCUUGCGACGGGUCAAGACUGAUGUGGAAACUGCACUGCCCAAGAAGCGAGAGUACAUUCUCUAUGCUCCUCUGACGGUGGAGCAAAAAGACCUAUACCGUGAGAUUCUCAAUGGCACAGGACGUCGGUAUCUGGAGGAUAAGGCCGCGGAGCGACUUAUGGCGAAGAAUGAGAGGCUAUCUCGCUCGACAAGUUUGAAACGCAGUGCUACUAGCAGUGGUUCGUCGACACCAAACAAGAGUCUGAAGUCCAGCCGCGAUUCUACCCCUGCCAGUGCUACUGGAUCGACUCGCAGACGCAGGGGUCCGCAGAAUUAUAAAGAGCUGAGUGACCGCGAGUUCAAUGCGCAAUUACGGCGCAUCGAGCAAGGUCUGGAAGAGGACUUAGAUAUUGAACAGAGUCCCAACGAUUCUGAACAAGAGGAGAUCGAGCGGGCGAAUACAAUCAAGCUUGCUAAGAAAGAGAUCGCCCAAAAGAAACUGCAGAAUCCCGUCAUGCAAGCCCGCCUCGCUUGUAACUCUCCGCAUAACUUCUACUGGCCAUGGGGCAACGAGCCGGCCGCCAUUGACGAAACACUCGUCACAGCCUCCGGAAAGAUGCUCCUCCUGGACCGUCUCGUGCCCUGUCUCCUGAAAAAAGGCCACAAGAUCCUCAUCUUCUCCCAGUUCAAAACUCAACUCGACAUUCUCCAAGAUUGGGCCACCCAGCUCCGCGGCUGGAACUGCUGCCGCAUCGACGGCGCCAUCAGCCAGACCGACCGUCAAGCACAAAUCAAAGCAUUCAACUCUGACUCGCACUUCAAGAUUUUCCUUCUCAGCACCCGGGCAGGCGGCCAGGGCAUCAACCUCGUGGCCGCAGAUACCGUCAUCCUAUUUGACUCUGACUGGAACCCGCAGCAGGAUCUCCAGGCGCAAGACCGUGCACAUCGUAUCGGCCAGACAAGACCCGUGAUUGUCUACCGGCUCGCGACCAAAGGCACGGUCGAGCAGACCCUCCUUGAAAAAGCGGACUCGAAACGCCGGCUCGAGCGCCUGGUCAUCCAGAAGGGGAAGUUCAAGAGUCUCCUUGACCAAAGCUCCAUGAACCACAGCGAUGCGGACGAGCUCAGGAAGGCGCUCGGUGAAGAUGAGUUCGAGCGCUUCGAGACCGGUGCUGACCCCAAAGCGCUUCUGUCGCAGAAGGACCUGGACAUCCUGACAGAUCGCAGCGAGGAGGCGUACGCGCGCGCUGAGAAGGGUCUUGACCAGACCGGGCGGGCGUUCAAGGCUGUGGAGACCAAGCCCGAGGGGAAUAGCUUGAUGGAGCAGAUUACUGGGAAAUAG